CAUGAGGUGUAUAACUAUUAUCCAUCGCCCAGAUUACUACGAAGAAAGAUCGAUUCAACGUUAACCAUUCAACGUUACGCGCGUGGUUGGUUAGCUCGGAAGUUAGCCAAGCGUAAACUGUGGGCGAUCAUGCGGAUACAAGCGUUUGCGAGGGGGAUUCACUCCCGACGACUCUCGAUCGCAAAAUACCCUGCUUAUCGUCGCCACCUAGUGAAGGAAGCGAGCAAGAAAGCCGAGUCGAAUCCGGAGUUAACGAUCCACCACCAAACCACAGUGGCGCUAGAGAUCUUGUUCAAUUCAAACAUUACGUUCGAACAAUUGCUUAAAACGCUCGUGUCGCUCGAGCGAUUGUCGUCAUUGUUGGGCGUUUGUUGCGCAAGAAUCGUCAACGCAGGCGGACAUUUUGUAUUGAUUCGGAUCAUGACUUUAUGCAGGCGAGACAUACAUAGUUACAACACCAUCCAACAAUGUAUUAAAAUAUUCACUAAUCUUGCUAAGUGCCCUGAAACAUCAGACGAAACAUUCUCGGCGAUAUCGUCACGCAUCGAUGACUUCAUAGACAUCUUAUCAAAGUUCCAGGAUCGAGGGGGACGAGAUAAAGGACCGAGGGUGGUGUUCGUGGCGGCUUGCCAACUUUUGUUGCUGUUUGCUGCGAACACUGACAAAGCCAAGGCAUCCAUGCUUAGCAGCAAACAAGGUUUCAAACGUUUGGUUUCGAUUCAAAACGAAAUGGAAAGAAGAACAAAAACUCAGAGCGAAGCGUUCAAACGACAACGAACGAGCGGUCGUGAUCCCGUCGGUUAUCUUGCAACUUCAUCGACUUUAGAUGGAAGCAUUUUCUCCAGGACGACUCGUGAGGUUAGUUUCUUGCAAGGGUUGGAGGGUUUAACGAGCGGGGUUACGUCGACGCCCACUAAGAAGCCACGCCCACAAGGGGUGAAGAAACCCCCCAAACAAACGGGAAUUCUCCCCAAAAUGAAACCACCAAUCAAAACCACGACUUCUUCGAGACUAAAAUUAAAAGCAACCUCUGGUCCAAUCAAAACACAGCAAACUGCCGUGAAAAACCAAGCUGCUACGAGGCUAAAACCUCAACCAAUCCGAGCACAGCGUGCUCCAACCGACCAAUCAGCAUCAAGCGUUGUGAAACCGAAAACACGGAAAAGAAAAAAUUCCGUUGAAGAAAAUCCAGUUUUGUUGCCGUUGCAACAAAUUAAAAAACUUGUGUUUCUGCUCGGAGAUAAUUUGUGAGACGGUACACUGUUUGAUGUUUAGCUGCCCUGGUAUACUCUUUGAUGCUUAUUGGCGGAUAAAACCCAAACACUGCUUCAGUAAUUAUUGUUAGUUGUUGUUGCUUGUAAAUAAUCUGCAAUAAAAACAAUCAACAAAAUAUGAA